AAGCACGCCAAUGACCAAACCAAUUCAUUUGGUUUCGGUCCUACUUUCUGCUGAACCAAAUCUAUUUGUGAAAAUUUUGGUCCUUUGCACACAUUCCAAAAAAACCAAUGGCGACCGUAUCUUUUAUUUUGUGUUUACAUAUGUAGUUGAGAAUUCUCCAUAGACACACAUCUCUCAUCCUCACCAUCGUCUCUCAAAAUAACAGCCCUUCAUCUCUCUAUCCAGUUCUUGUUAUCGCUGCUGUUUGUCAUCGGCAUUCUGCUUUAAUUUAUCAGAAUCUGUUAUUUCAAUCGUUCGAUUUGCAGGGCUUAUUUGUGUUGUAGUUAUUAAUUUGCAUUCGAAUCUGUUUCAUCGUUUUCAUUUGGGCAGCCGAAGUUUUUGAAUAAUUAGGUUUCGUGGUACUGUUUCAUUUUUUAAUUUUGAGAUAGUUGUCAGCCAGGGUUCCCCCAAAUCUUUUAUUCGGUUUGACGAUGUUAGUGGCCAAAAGAUCGAAGCUUUAAGCUUUCUGCAUCUAGAAAUAGUUCGUUUUCAUUUGGAAUUAGGUUUCGUGGGACUUUUUCAUUUUUGAAUUGUGAGAUAGUUAUCAACCAGCGGACCCCAAAAGAUCGAAGCUUUAUGCUCUUUCUGUAUUCUUACAUAGAAAAAAUUGCUUGUCAAUCUUCAAAUCUGGAACUUUAACCUUACUGCAUAGGAAGCCUGUCUGUGCGUUUUUUUGAGUUGGGUUAAUUUGAUAGUGAGGGCCCAAUUUGUAUUUAUUUUGUUUUUCUGCAUUUUGUCAAUGAACGGUUUAGAUUAUUGGCACGAUGAUAUGGAACUGGAAAAUGGGGUAGGUUGCAAGGGCUGUGUUGAGAACGGUUUUGAGAAGGAACCUGAGACUAUUGUCAUUCAGGAGGCCGUGAAAGUGCUUUUGCAAGGUUUGGGUGAGGAUUUCAAUCGUGAAGGUUUGAAAAAGACACCUCUUCGUGUGGCGAAGGCCCUUAUAGAAGGGACGAGAGGGUAUAAGCUGCAAGUGAAGGACAUUAUCAGUGGCGCUUUAUUCCCCGAAACAGGGUUAGAAUGCAAAGUGGGCCAAGCUGGCGGGACGGGAGGGCUUGUAAUCGUCCGAGACCUCGACCUAUUCUCUUACUGCGAGACUUGCUUGCUCCCUUUCCAAGUCAAAUGCCACGUGGGCUAUAUCCCGUCCGGUCAGCGUGUUGUGGGCCUAAGCAAACUCUCCCGAGUCUCCGAGGUUUUCGCAAAACGCCUCCAAGAUCCACAGCGUCUGGCCGACGAGAUUUGUUUCGCUCUGCAAAACAGUUUUCGACCGAAUGGCGUCGCCGUAAUUUUGCAGUGCACGCACAUUCAUUUUCCAAAUUUUGGGUCGGAUAUAUUCGGCGCCACCUGUGAGGGCCACGUCAAGACGGUGGUUAGGUCGGGAUCGGGGGCAUUCGAUGAUGACAUGGCGGACACAUGGACUGAUUUCCUCGGACUUCUGAGAUUCCGAGGUAUAAACGCAAAGGAUGUCCGGUCGAGUUGCAAAUCUUGGUGCCCAUCUCUCGUUUUUUGCAAAAAUGGCCCUUCCAAUCUUGAUAUGGUUCGUUCGGUGAAUUUGAUAAUUAGCUCUUUAGGCGAAGACCCGUCGAGAGAAGGGCUCGUCGGGACCGCGGCCCGUUUCGUGAGGUGGCUGAUGAAUUUUCGAAAUGCCGAUUUGGAUUUGAGGCUAAAUAAUAAUGGAUACUCUUUGAUCCAGACUGAAGAGAAAACAAAAACCCUUUGUUUCGAGAUGAACUUGCCCUUUUGUUCGCAAUGCGAGCACCAUUUGCUUCCCUUUCACGGUGUGGUGCAUGUGGGAUACUAUGGGCCCAACCCUAUGGGAAAAUCCCUCCUUCAGUCUGUGGUGCAUUUUUACGGUUUCAAGCUACAGGUGCAAGAGAGGCUGACGAGGCAGAUAGCCGAGACAGCCUCGUCUUUUCUAGGGGAAGAUGUGAUGGUGGUGGUUGAAGCAAGUCAUACUUGUAUGAUUUCACGAGGGAUUGAGAAGUUCGGAAGCAACACGGCCACGAUUGCAGUUUUGGGCCGAUUCUCAACCGAUGCCCCGGAAAGGGCAAAAUUUUUGCAGAUUAUUACGAAUUCUUGUUCCGGUGGCUGCUGAUUUUGUUUUGUUUUUUUUUUUUUUAAUUCCUUUUUUAAACAAUCUUCUAUUUAUUUUGUUUUUUGGUACUGGAGAUUUCAUGUAGCUCAUCGAGCUUCGCUCGAUUUAUUAUAAAAUAUAAACCGUUUUGUGUUGAAGUAGCACGAUUUAAUCGACUGAAGUUGGCCUGCAGAUGGUUUUGUUGUGUGCCUUGGACAGUGCAGUUGCUGCGAAUCUUGUUUUUUUUUUUUGCCUGUGAC